GGCAAGGUAGGCUACAAGGUUGCGUUUAGUUAAAUCAAAUGGAUUUGAAAUCCCCGCCAUAAUAUUAGUUAUUACUCAUAAUAUACAGACCUGUUUAACUAAUUAAAUUAUUCACAACAUUUUAGCAUAAAGCCGAACGUAUUAUAUGUUCUAUAUCGUGUAACUAUCAUAUUUUUAUCAUGUGAAACGACUGUAUCCUAUGGGAGUCCAGCUAAAAACGGCUUGCAGUGAGAAACAGAAACAAGUUGCAGUGAGAGUCGUUCGCUUCCUGUUAAGUUUCUGUUGCUACGGCAACCGGUUGAGCACCCGAAAUCUGUAGCCAAAUAUUAUGCGAUAGUAUUUUAUGCCCUGUGUAGUUUGGAAACAUGGACGUUAUCGAAAAGAGAAUAAACAGCAUUGAAGCCGAAGAGGUGCUGAUUUCAAAAGAAAUUGAGGAAAUACGUCGGUAUUCUCUGUCACAUGAGUUGAGAACAGGUUUUUUUGGACAAGAUGCUUGUGUCCAAACUGACGAAUCAGAGCUGCCAAAUAUAAAGAUUCUCGCUGCCGACACUACCAAUCUUAUGAAGCAAAUGCACGUGUUAAAAGAAGACACUGAAAAGAAACUGAAAAUAAUACGUUUUCAGUAUGAGACCAAAUUGCAGGAAGAAUCUGAUACACUUUAUACAAGAAUGAAUGAAAAAAUCAAGAAUUUGGAAAACUGCUACAAAGAGAAAUUAUCUGUUCUCCGGAGAAGCUAUCAGCAGCAGCUCUCUGAUGCUAUGCAGGUGAUCAAAGCCAGUUAUAAGAAUAAAGAAGACACGGUUUGUGAUGUUACUGACGGAAGAGUAAAGGACCUUCUGAAUGAGCUUCACGAGAAGAACCUGAGGAUUGAGUUUAUAAGUGAACAGCUGAAGAAAAAUGAGAUCGGCACCGAGGGAGCGGAGGACCCAGAGAAAAGCAGAUUGAAGUCAGAGAAUGAAAAGCUAAAAGAUAACAUCGACUUGUUGCACGUCGAGCUGGAAGAAAUUCACCGAGCCCUGGAGUCCAAAGAGCAGAGUCUGGCUCUGAAUUUGGAACAGUUGAAAUCAGAGGCGGACGACAGCAAAAAGGCCCUUCAAGAGUUGGCAAGUGAGCAUGAACAGCUGAAAAUGCAGUUAAACUUUGAGAGAGAAAGUGGCAGAGAAAAGAUAAAACAGAUAAAAGAGGAGAUGAAGAAAGAAAUUGCAUGCAUUGAAGCCUCACGCCUGAAGGAGAAAGCUGAAAUUGAGAAGCAAAAGCAAGGAGAACCUACAUCCAUGGAGCUUCUUGGGGAUGCAGAGCUGGUUCAAAAAAUUAAAGAUCAUAGAAAGACAGAAGCAGUGCUGAAAAAGGAGAUUGAAAGGCUCAAUAAGCAGUUGUGCAUGUCAAAUCAGGUGUGGGAGAAGAAGUUUGAGAUUUUAAGACAGAGUUUCCAUGCCAUCAAGGAUGAGAUGUUUUUACGGCAGACGUUGCAGCGACAGGAAGCCAUUCUGCACAACGCCUCAGUCAGCUUUGCGAUGGAUGCUCCUUGCUCACCACAGCAGAAGAGUCCAGCAGACGAUACUUUUAAAAAGUUGUGCCUAAAUAGCAAAGUGGCUCCUUUGCCACGUAUAGGUGCUGGAGGUCAGCAGAAAAGGGACAAAGUCGUGGACAUCAGCCUACAGAGUGAGAGAGGUGCAGAUGCUCUCCCUGGAUUAGAUUCCCAGGUGACCCUUGCUGAUGAGGAAGAUGAAGUAUAAAUUGGAGUUCUUUCUUUCUUUCUUCUAAACAGGCAACCACGCCAUCACAUUUGAAAUAGAAAUGGCACCACAAAUUGAUAACUAUAUUACACUCUAUUACAUUUUAACCCAGUCAAUGGGUUGUUUUAAUCCAGCGGUUAGGUUAAAUGUUUGCCCAACCUGCUGGGUAGUUUUAUUCAACUCAGCUAUUGUUUAAAAAUUACUGUAUUGCUUGCUUAAAAUUAACCCAAAAUAUGUUGGAAAUGAACAUUUAUUAAUAAGUUUAAUGAAUAAUAAUUAAACAAUAAACAUUUAUUAAAUUGCUUAUUAAUAGAUGUUUGCCUUUUGAAUUUUAUUGUUCCCUCUAGUAAUUAUGUGUAUGAUUUUUAAUUUCCAACCUAUUUUGGGUUCAAUUUAAGCCAGCCAUACAGUCAUUUUUAAACAAUAGUUGAGUUAAAUAGAACUGCCCAGGCAAACAUUUAACCCAGCCGCUGGGUUUGUCCAUUUGUCCGUUUUUAACCCAGCAUGUUUUAGAGUGUAGUAUCCACAUAUUGUUCAUAUAUUGUUCUGUUUAUUCUAAGUGCGUGCUGCAGUUAUGUCUCUAGCGCUUUAAAUGCUCAGGCUCUUUAAAGCAGGAUUGAUUCUGAUUGGCUGUUGAUGUUUUUAUCAACGAUAUUGUUUCUCUGUGCCGUUAUUGUUAUAGUUGUAUUCUUUUAUAUUUGUUGUUAUUAUCCUUGCUGUGAACGGGCCUUUAGUCUGUGCACUGCAUGUUUUUGUCAUUUCAAAACUUGACUAUGGUAUGAAAGUCGCAUAAUAGAACUUUUUUUUUCUUUAUAAAUCAGAAAUAAAAUCCUUAAUACCUUCGUUUUAAUUAUUUUAAUUGUUUUUGGUCUGAAGAAUAAAAUACCUAGUUAGAAUGAAAGUAGAAUUCACAGUCUAUAAUUAUAUUUAAGGAUAUUGAUCUGUAUCAAGCUGCUCUUCGUAAUAAGUCAUUUGCACAAUAAUUCCUACUCCACGAAUUUAAACAAAAGUCUAUUCAUUUUGUCAGUGAAGAUAUCACGGCACUGUACAGUGCGUUUGAACUGUUUUGGCAUGUUUUCAAGCAAAGCAAAGAGAAAACUUCAAAUCUCUUUAAGUAAAUUCAUUAGAUUUCCCCCAUAGUGAAGCCACACAGAGCUCCCAUUAAGAGAAAACAAAGGCUAUCGUGACUUUAACUGACUGUAAUUGACUGUGCUGUGAAUGGACUCAGUCUACUGCAGCUCUUAAGCCUGAAUGCUGUUGGAGAGGUGCAGACAUGAGUAACUGUAUGCAUUCUUCUGCCACAGUAAAGAGUGCUCCAAGAAUGGUCUUUAGCUUUCCGCAUGCCGCAUACAGCACAAAACCAGCGGAAUGCACAGCUUUGGAGGCCAUCUCAAUGGCUGUGAAGCCAAACAAUAAGAUCUUGGCUCUCAAACCCAUUUCAGUCUUUAGCCUUGCUCAGCCCCCAUCGCUUUCGCUCGGUCUUUAUUUCACUUCUUCACACUGUACAGAAUAAAUGAUCAUAGAAAUGCCCACUACUUUUACGUUCUGUUGUAUUGUACACGCUUUCAAAAAAAUCAAACAUUUUUAAAAGAGUUAAUCACCUAUAGGAUGAAAUGUAGUAGCAUUGACCUUCUAAAUCUCUAGAACGGAGUGGUUUGGCUGGUAGCUGUAGUGUUCUGUAUAAACAGUGGCAAACCCCUGCAGAGCUGUUCUCCAAACUCUGGUCUCACCAGACCCCACUGACCCUCAGGGACAAGCUUAGAAUCAAUUACCAAUUUCUCCUUUAACUAUCUGUCAUGUACAACGGACGGUUAUUGGGUUAUGACUUGAUCAGACUGAUCACUGUGCCGUGACCCUUUUCUCAGGGAUUAUGUGAUUAUGGCCUAAUUCCUUGUAAUCUUCCACUAACUGGCCCAUUGCCAGAAUCACAAAACAACUUUUCCAUACUGCUGUGCUACUGAACAGACCAGCGUGGUCCAAACUGCUUGCAGCCUAGUUACCAUAGAAACUACUAUAAGAUGUCAGAUAUAUAUCAUUAGCUAAAACAAUCCCAGGAGGGGGUAUCGCACUAAAGUUGUUUGCUACUUUCACAGGGUUUCAGGCUCAGGUUGUAAAACAACAAAGUGGAAUUUUAGCUGAACUCCAGAAAUUAAUUAGUUUCAUUAGUUGGUAGAUAAAUGGCGAUGGCUGGUGUGUUGGAUUCCAGCAGAGUUUCACCAUAGAGGGUUAAUGGGAGUCUGGCCUGGAAGCUUUCCCGGCUCUGGCCCAAGGCCAUUUCAGCCAAUCACUCUAAACUUGUGGUCAAGUUGCACUGAGCUGUACGCCUUUGCUUCUUUGCCACAGCUAUAAGUUUGUUCAAAGCUGGAAAACAAUUGAACGGAUAAGUGAAGUUUUUUUGUUUUUUAAAGUAAUGGGGUUGCCAAAGGGACUUAUACUUAUAGCAAUUAAUAAAAAAAACAAAGUAACAUUUUUAUAUUAAUAUAGUCCCCACUUAAUUUAUUCCUUUUUUUUUUUUUUUAGUUGCAGAGAAAUAAAUUAUUAAUGUCAUAAAGCUGGACAUCUUUACUCUAAAUAUAUUUCUAUUU